GUCACGGUCGUUGUCGCGAAUGUCGGGAGUUGGCGCUGGUUAAGAGGCCGCGCCCACAGAAGCGAAUGAUUAUUACUACAUUCUGGAGAGCAAGGUCGUCGACAUCUGCAGCACUUCGUAUUUCAGGAAUAUCCUGUCCCCCCCCCCCCCUCUCCCCUCCCUUUGUCAGAGAGCAUGACUCAGGAGACCAAUCAGACGCAAGUGCCAAUGCUUUGCACUAUGGGCUGUGGUUUCUAUGGUAAUCCCCGCACCAACGGCAUGUGCUCAGUCUGCUACAAGGAACACCUGCAGAGACAACGGGGCGUGGGCCGUUCCAACCCCCCAGGUGAGAAAGGCUCGGUUGCUUCAUCGCCAGUGGGGUCCCUGGGAGCAGCUGUUGUGUCGGUGAAGCGCCAGACAGCGGAACCCAGCGCGGAAGGGGUCACUCUGCCCGAGGAAAGGACAUCCAGUCCCAGCUCCCCCAGCCCAGUAACCCAGAAAAUGACAGCCAUGAGUAUCUCCCAGGAUACUGGAGCCACUGACUCAGACCAGGCUAAUGGGGAAGAGGAGGGGACAUCCAAAAACACAGAGCCAGUGGGUGAGGCAGACCAGACCUUGUCUGAUGGUGAUCAGACCCCUGAAAAAAAUAAGAAGAACCGAUGCUUCACUUGCCGGAAGAAAGUGGGCCUCACAGGCUUCGCUUGUCGCUGUGGUAACCUGUUCUGCGCCAUUCACCGCUACUCUGACAAACAUGACUGUCCUUACGACUAUCGAGGUGCUGCCGCAGCACGCAUACGCAAGGAGAACCCUAUCGUGGUGGCUGAGAAGAUCCAGAAGUUAUGAGGACUGAGUAGAAAGGUCUGAUGUGCAAAUUGUGGAACAAUGGCGGCAUGGAAUAAUACCAGAUAAAAUUGUUUCAUGGUAGGAUAAGGUGGGUGGGGUGGCGGUGUCACAGCCCCUGCCCAGCCACUUCCUUUAACAUCUCCCUCUCUCUCCUAGGGUGACCGCUUGAGUGUGAAUGCCUGUGGUGAGAUGGUCUGUGUGUGCAGUAUGGUUUGGUGGGCAUUGGAAGUCUACUGUGGGGAAGGAAGACAUUUCAUUCUUAACCUUUUUAUUGUUUCUUAACUUGGGGGGACUUGAGUUAGUUUUUAUAUUACCCCCGUGUGGUGGUUAAAAUGAGCCAGAAGUAACAUGUUGAAGAGCAUGCUUACAUCUCCGAUAAGGACAUCAGGAGGUCAAGUUAAGAUCCAUGCUGGGAGUUUCUGUGUAUCAGCAAUAUCUUUUGAGGGCUAGAGAUUAAUUUACUCCCAGAGAAAAACCCUUGUCCAGUUUCUGACAAAUGGGCCUUUUUGUUGUAACUUUUCUUUCCCUUCUGACCCUUAGAUGAAUAGUUCACAUGUUAAAAAUGUUUCAAGAAAUGUUCUUUGACUUACUGAUAUUGGGUGCAUGAAAGAGCCUCGAUAUGUGUGGUUGAGAUUGUUUUUAUGAGUGUAUGACGUCAGAUCUAUAUUAAUAUAUUGUCCUUAGCUUGAAGUUUUUUUGAAUAUUGAAUUUUUUAAUAUAAUUUGGUUGUUUGUACUGGAGGAUUGGCAGCAUGUCAGAAAAUCACUUGUUUUGUACUGAACCUUUCAAUGAUAUUUGAGCAUUUCCAUCUGAUUUAUGUAACCAUUUAAAAAAUACAACUUCUGAUAUGUGAUGGAGUAGAGUCCUGUUAAUAUGUUCAGAUUAGGACGUUGCAGAAAAUUCAAUUUAUGGAAUCAAAGCACAACAAUUAAAGUUAACUGCAGAGCAUAAGACAUUGAAUGUGCAAGUUAACUUACUCAGUUGUUUUCUUCAGCAUCCGGGUCUUUAUACACUGCUCAAAAAAAUAAAGGGAACACUAAAAUAACACAUCCUAGAUCUGAAUGAAUGAAAUAUUCUUAUUAAGUACUUUUUUCUUUACAUAGUUGAAUGUGCUGACACAAAUUAUCAAUGGAAAUCAAAUUUAUCAACCCAUGGAGGUCUGGAUUUGGAGUCACACUCAAAAUUAAAGUGGAAAACAACACUACAGGCUGAUCCAACUUUAAUGUAAUGUCCUUAAAACAAGUCAAAAUGAGGCUCAGUAGUGUGUGUGGCCUCCACGUGCCUGUAUGACCUCCUUACAAGGCCUGGGCAUGCUCCUGAUGAGGUGGCGGAUGGUCUCCUGAGGGAUCUCCUCCCAGACCUGGACUAAAGCAUCCGCCAACUCCUGGACAGUCUGUGGUGCAACAUGGCGUUGAUGGAUGGAGCGAGACAUGAUGUGCUCAAUUGGAUUCAGGUCUGGGGAAUGGGCGGGCCAGUCCAUAGCAUCAAUGCCUUCCUCUUGCAGGAACUUCUGACACACUCCAACCAAAUCAGGUCUAGCAUUGUCUUGCAGUAGGAGGAACCCAGGGCCAACCGCACCAGCAUAUGGUCUCACAAGGGGUCUGAGGAUCUCAUCUCAGUACCUAAUGGCAGUCAGGCUACCUCUGGCGAGCACAUGGAGGGCUGUGCGGCCCCCCAAAGAAAUGCCACCCCACACCAUGACUGACCCACCGCCAAACCGGUCCUGCUGGAGGAUGUUGCAGGCAGCAGAACGUUCUCCACGGCGUCUCCAGACUCAUGUCACUUCUGUCACGUGCUCAGUGUGAAUCUGCUUUCAUCUGUGAAGAGCACAGGGCGCCAGUGGCGAAUUUGCCAAUCUUGGUGUUCUCUGGCAAAUGCCAAACGUCCUGCACGGUGUUGGGCUGUAAGCACAACCCCCUCCUGUGGACGUCGGGACCUCAUACCACCCUCAUGGAGUCUGUUUCUGAUUGUGUGAGCAGACACAUGCACAUUUGUGGCCUGCUGGAGGUCAUUUUGCAGGGCUCUGGCAGUGCUCCUCCUGCUCCUCCUUGCACAAAGGCGGAGGUAGCGGUCCUGCUGCUGGGUUGUUGCCCUCCUACGACCUGCUCCACGUCUCCUGAUGUACUGGCCUGUCUCCUGGUAGCGCCUCCAUGCUCUGGACACUACGCUGACAGACACAGCAAACCUUCUUGCCACACCUCGCAUUGAUGUGCCAUCCUGGAUGAGCUGCACUACCUGAGCCACUUGUGUGGGUUGUAGACUCCAUCUCAUGCUACCACUAGAGUGAGAGCACCGCCAGCAUUCAAAAGUAACCAAAACAUCAGCCAGGAAGCAUAGGAAAGGAGAAGUGGUCUGUGGUCACCACCUGCAGAACCACUCCUUUAUUGGGGGUGUCUUGCUAAUUGCCUAUAAUUUCCACCUGUUGUCUAUUCCAUUUGCACAACAGCAUGUGAAAUUUAUUGUCAGUGUUGCUUCCUAAGUGGACAGUUUGAUUUCACAGAAGUGUGAUUGACUUGGAGUUACAUUGUGUUGUUUAAGUGUUCCCUUUAUUUUUUUGAGCAGUGUAGUUUAGCUUGAUCUCUCUCUCUCUGCAGGUUUGCUACUGAGAAUAAAGCAUGUUCUGCCAGUCCAGGCAGGACAUAAUUUAGUGUUUUCCUUGAACGCCCUCUUCUGUUCCAUAAAGCCAACAGUGAACCACAUUGUUCCCUAACCACCAGCAGACCACUGAUAUAUGCUGAAUGAUAACAGAACUGGUUGGCAAUUAGUCCAAGAAUUUGUAUAUGUGUGUGUACUAAUGUUUUCAUAACUACCCUAAAGAAAGAACUGGCGUGGCACUGCUUUCUUUUCCUUGUAUUUUCUUUCACCCACAGGUAAUUCCUGUGUCUUUGAACAGGGGGUGGAAUUUUAGUCAUAGGGCUAAAAUCACUCUGGAUGACAUUUAUUCUAAAGUGUCAUUCUAGGUUGCUUUCCUGUUCCUCCUGACUGCCCACAUUCGGUGAAUCAUUAGACAGACAGACACAACCCUUAGUACCAGUAAUUUGGACAUGUCUCAAUCCUCGGCCAAGGGCCUUCGUGUACCUGUGGUUGUUUUCAGGAUUGGUCACACUAGUUUGGUUCCAAAUAAUUAGUGGCAGUUUUGCAUUUUUAGGUGAAUCAAACGUUUCAUAGCGAAUGUCAUUGAAAAAGAGUUGUGUAGAAAAAAGCAAAUACUGAAAAACGUCACGUGUGACACCUGGCAAAACAACGGGGCCCUUUUGAGAGAAAGUCUGAAUUGAAUGAGCUCUCUUAUAUGAACAGGAAAACAUCGGGACUUGACGCCAGGCACCACAGGUUGAAAUUACAUUUUUGCAUCUACUGAUUGAGAUUUGUUGGUAUUUUUGGUCCAUUUAUUAUUUGUAUUUUCACAAAGUAAACUAUUUCAAACUUGCUGAAAACUUAUAAUUUCUUUAGUUUGUCUUACUACUGUUAUUAAUUUUAAACACAAAUGAACACGCAUCAUUAAUUUCUAAGCCCAUUUCAUAAGAGAUUUACAAACUGGACUUUCAAGGGCUGUAAAUUGUGUAUUUGUUGUGUAUUUGCCUUUAACUGUCAUUUCCCAAAAGUCACUUUUCCCACACGCCAACAAAUUUCUCAGCUUCAGAAGCAUCUGCGUUCACCAAAUGUUGUGUGGUUAUCCUUAGAUACAUUACAUGACCAAAGAUAUGUGGGUACUUGCUCUGCGAAUAUCUCAUUCCAAAAUUAUGGGCAUUAAUAUGGAGUUGGUCCUCUCUUUGCUGCUAUAACAGCCUCCACUCGUCUGGGAAGGCUUUCCACUUGAUGUUGGAACAUUGCUGCAGGGACUUGCUACCAUUGUGAGGUCAGACACUGAUGUUGGGCGAUUAGGCCUGGCCCGCAGUUGGCAUUCCAAUUCAUCCCAAAGGUGUUGGAUGGGGUUGAGGUCAGGGCUCUUUGCAGUGAAGUUCUUCCACCCUGAUCUUGACAAACCAUUUCUGUAUGGACCUCGCAUUGUGCACGGAGGCAUUGUCAUGCUCAAACAGGAAAGGGUCUUCCCCAAACUGUUGCCACAAAGUUGGAAGCACAGAAUUGUCUAGAAUAUAAUUGUAUGCUGUAGCAUUAAUUUCCCUUCACUGGGAAACAUGAAAAACAGCCCCAGACAAUUAUUCAUCCACCAACCAUUCCUGUUGGCACUAUACAUUGGGGCAAGUAGUGUUCUCCUGGCAUCUGUCAAACUUAGAUUCGUCCAUCGGACUGCCAGAUGGUGAAGCGUGAUUCAUCACGCCAGAGAACGCGCUUCCAAUGGCAGCGAGCUUUACACCACUCCGGCCGACGCUUGGGAUUGCACAUGGUGAUCUUAGGCUUGUGUUUGGUUGCUCGCCCAUGGAAACCCAUUUCAUGAAGCUCCCGACUAACAGUUGUGCUGAAGUUGCUUCCAGAGGCUGUUUAGAAUUCAGUAUUGAGUUUCGCAACCGUGGACAGACGAUUUUUUAUGAGCUUCAGCACUCGACGGUCCUGUUCUGUGAGCUUGUAUGGCCUACCACUUCACGGCUGAGCAGUUGUUGCUCCUAGACGUUUCCACUUCACAAUGACAGCACUUACAGUUGACCAGGGCAGAAAUUUGACAAACUGACUUGUUGGAAAGGUGGCUGAAAUAGCCAAAUCCACUAAUUUGAAGUGGUGUCCACAUACUUUUGUGUAAAUAUAGUGUAUAUUCUCCAGACAUGCCCAGAGGGAAUUGUUUAUAUGCUGUCGUUUAAAAAAAAAAAAAAUUUGGAAGAAUGUUCCAAAAAUACAUUUAUCUACAUGUCUUUAUUAUUUUACAGAUAGAAAGAUGGAUAAAGUAUUUAUCCACAAUCUUCUCUGGCCAAGUCCGGUCGUGGGUAUCUUUAACAAAAAUAUUUAUUCGGACUUCGUCCAUUGUCCAGAAAAAUGUAUUUGUCUUGUGCAAAUAUGAGCAUAUUUAAUGAUAUCACCUUUAUUUGCGCAUAUAUAUAUAUAUUAUUAUUUUUUUACUCAGACGAAAAUGUAAUAAAACUAUUUUGUGUGCAUCUACAUUCAACUGGUAAAAGGUGAUUUGUGAUAUGAUUGAGAGAAAAAAAUCCCUAUUGGGAUGUGGUGCCUGGUCUGAAUUUAGAUGGACCUGUGAUUGGAGCAUUAGCCUGGGUUGUGUUGCCAGUUAAAGAAUGGCUUAGUGAAGGAAAGGUCUAAAAUGGCUCAGUCUUGGCAUGCAAACACCAAGGUUGCCUGUUGCUGAGCCAAGCCAGGAGCUCAAAGCCCCUGUGGCAAGAGAUGAGUCCGCUUGGUUCUCAUUUGGAAUUUAGGCACUUGGAUCUUUAGGUUCCCACUAUAUAAAGUAUCUGAGUGGAGAUGGUGCAGUGCAUGUGAUACCAUGUAAGAAGGGCACGCGUAUGAUGGACUAGACUCCUCUCUGUGAGAAAAAUAUAUAUACUUUGCUGUAGGUUUUAUUCCCUAUUGUGAUGUUACUGUUUUUAAGGGCAUGCAGUAAACUGGCUUUAAAGUGGGCAGAGAUGUGGCACUGGGGUUACCUGAUGAGUAUACCCUCUUUUAGGCCAAGGGAACAGAGUUGGCUUGUCCUUCAGUUUGGCUGAUUUUCUUCUUUGCAAUUAUGUUUCGCAGGUUGAUAGUUACCUUGACUACUCGAACUACCCCAGCAUUUAAAAAGGUGAGCAAUUUGAAUGUUACCAACAAGGUUAUCAAGCUAUUUUUUAGCAAUGGAAUUGACCAAACAAGAUUUCUUUAAAAUAAACCUGUAUUUAACUAGGCAAGCCAGUUAAGAACAAAUUCUUAUUUACAAUGAUGGCCAAACCCGGAUGACACUGGGCUAAUUGUGCGCCGCCCUAUGGGACUCCCAAUCAUGGCCGGUUGUGAUAUAGUCUGGAAUGGAACCAGGGUGUCUAGUGAUGCCUCUAGCACUGAGCUGCAGUGCCUUAGAUGUGCUGCGCCAUUCAGGAGCCCCUGUUGGAUCGUUGCAAUUGUAUGUAAACGAAUCAACUUAACCAGCUCAGAAUCAGCGCUUGAUGUUAUGAAAACAUCCACUACAAUUUCAAUCUGUUAUACUUUAACAUCUACAGCAUCGGUGUCCCCCCGUUGGGAAAUUUCCUUGUUACUUACAACGUCAUGCUCAAGACAGACAUGUCUUAUAUGGACAGAGAGCUUCAAUUCUUGUUAAUCUAACUGAACUGUCCAAAUUACAGUGAAAAAAGGCCAUGCUAUUGUUUGAGGAGAGUGCACAACAAAACUUAUCACAGCAACUGAUUUGAUACAUUCACCUCUGAAGGUAAAUAAUGUACUUACAUUCAGUAAUCUUCCUCUAAUUUGUCAUCCUGAGGGUCCCAAAGAGAAAAUAGCAUAGUUUUGUUUGCUCAAAACAAUUUUUAUAUUAAAAUGUAGGAACUGGGUUCUACAGUUUGAACCCUAAAGUGUUUCCAUUCAAAUGGUAUCAAGAAUAUGCAUAUCCUUGCUUCAGGUCCUGAGCUACCCAAAUCUUAACUGCCUGUAUGUCAUCUUAGGCUAAAAUUGGGGGAAAAGGGUCCGACCCUUUUAACAUUGUCAUUAAGCUUGUUUGUAGCACAACAUAAUCAUUGUCUGCAUUUUGAGGCCAUUACUACAAAGCAUUUGAUCCGUGAUGAUGAGUGACCAAAUCUGGCAAUAUUUCUCUGUCACUGCAGAACUGAUUUACCAUAACUGACAGUGAAGUACUUUACUCAUUUCACUGAUGUAUGAGAAAUGAUAGCGUGGACAAUAAUUGUGUUCCAGAAUGUUCCAAGUAGUAGAUCUGUCCCGCAGGAAAUUGCAGAAGUGCAGUCAAGUCCUUUGGCUCAGAAACACCACCAGAUAUUUUUUGUUUUUAAAAUGUAGGACUGUAUGAUCUGUAAGAGUAAGUAUAAAAAAUAAAAGUUUAUUUUAAAUUGA